GUUGGGCGGGGGAAGCCCGCGCGCUGCCGCCUUCACUUCCUGGGCCGGGCUCGUUUAACAUGGCGGCGGGCCGCGGGGGCUGGCUGUGGCUCCGCGGCGGUGUCGCGGUGGCAGCGCUGCUCCUCGCCGCCGGGCUCGCCCGCGCCUCCGCCUCGGCGGGGGGCAGCGCCGGCGAGCCGCGGAGCCGCGUGCAGGUGCUGGGCGGCUCCAACUGGAGCCUGGUGCUGCAGGGCCAGUGGAUGGUGGAGUUCUAUGCUCCUUGGUGUCCAGCUUGUCAACAAAUUGAAUUGACGUGGGAGAGUUUUGCAAAGGAAAGUGAACAUCUAGAAAUCACUGUGGGAAAAGUGGAUGUCACUCAAGAACCAGGCUUGAGUGGUCGUUUCUUUGUCACAACACUUCCUACAAUUUACCAUGCGAAAGAUGGAGUAUUUCGCAGAUAUCGAGGCUCACGGACACUGGAGGAUCUUCAAGGUUAUGUUUCAGAGAGAAAAUGGGAAGCUGUGGAGCCUGUAGCAGGAUGGAAGUCUCCAUCUUCUAUGAUGAUGCAUGGCAUGGCAGGGCUCUUCCACUUGUCUGGGUGGAUCAGGCAAAUUCAUAGCUACCUUACUGGCACUCUUGGAAUUCAUGUGUGGAUUUCCUAUGCAGUCUUCGUUUUAGCAACCUUAUUGAUUGGUCUAAUCCUGGGUUUGAUACUGGUUUUGAUUUCAGACUGCCUUUGCCCAUCCAAGUCAAGAUACAGAGCUGAAACAUCUGAAGAAGUGAUUGAAAAGGAGAAUGUGGAGAAUGCAGCAUUAGAAGAACCGGAGGAGGAUGCAGAGCUUUCAGCAGAUGAUGCAGAAGAGACUGCAGAGGUAAAAGACCUCUCAGAUGGAGAAGAUGCAGCAAAUUCAAGUGCUGAUGACUUGGAAGAAGAUUUGGCACUUGCUAAAGAAUCAGAGGAAGAAGAAACAGAAGACUUAAGUGAACAACCUUUAGCUGAAUCAGAGAUUGAAAGCUCAGUAAGACAGCGUAGACGUCAGGUGGCGGAUAGUGGACUAUAGUUGUUUUGGUGGCGUAUUUUGUACUCUUGGACCAAAGAAGUAUCAGAACCUGGGUCUGAACUGAAGCUUACACUUGACUUGUCACUUGUGUUUACUCAGAACUUCUGCUCUGUCAGCAGGCUUUUUUUUUUUUUUUUUUUUUUUUUUUUUUGCUAAUACUUGCUCAUUGACUUCAUUUUAUAAGCACACAUGCUGUGUACGUAACUUUUGCCGUGACAAUCAAAAUGAGUAUAUUUUAUCUGUUUGAAGAUGUCUUAAGAAAAAGGAGAUGUAACCAACUAUCAGUCCAGUUGCUACGAAAUGGUCAUCUGUGCUUGUAUUCUUUUGUAGAUAUUGACCUAAACAAGACCAGGAUUUCUAACUCUAAGUAGUUUAGCAGGGCUGUGACUUUUCUGUCUGAAUGUUUAUUUUUUCCAAAUGCCACAGAAGCAUCAAACAUAUGAUACAGUAGUGAAAGAAGACACCUUACUAGUCUUCCAUUUAAAAAAAAAAAAAAAAAAAAAGUGCAUGUUGGUUUAUUUUUAUCACUUUCAACUGAAGCACCUUUGUUUUUUUCCUCCAGUGUUUGUUUUUUGAAAGUAUAUCAUAAGAGUGGGCUUUGUGCUCUGAUUAGUGUGGCUCCAAAAUUUUACGGCUUUUGGUAAUUCAGAAAGCAUUCAAAAAAAAUUUGGUAAAUUCAGCUUGUUAGCUGAUUUUUUUUCUCUAACCCCAAGGAGUUUGAAUCAUCGAAAACCUCAGGCCAAGAAACAGUGGCAGCUAGAUGCUUAAAAUAUGUUUGAACCUCACAAGUUUAAAGGAAAUAACUUUAGUGUGUGUGUAGGGGGGACUUUUGCCAAAGCAUGACCGUUCUUUUUCUUUAAGAGAUUGUAAUAAGAAGUACUCAUUUUGCAGCCAGUAAGUUGUGUAUUUCUUGCCAAUACAAGCUAGUCAUAUGCAGUGCAGUUCUGUUAUUUCGAGCUCAGAAUACUUUUGGCAGAAUUUGAACUGCUUUAAUAAUAUUAACUGAAAAGGCACUUAAGGUUUCACCUUUGUGUUUUUUCUACUUUCUGCCAUUAGAAUCAGCCCAUUAGGAAAUGGGAGGGAUAGGGGUAGUAAGAGGGGAGAAGCUUUUGGUUAGGGUACUUUUAUUUACUUAAGCAUAUAUCUGAACUGCAUAAAGUGAGAAUAGCUUGUCAGAUAGCCAGCAGUAGGCAUGGUUAAAGGUGAUGUCAUUAAAGAUACCAGUAUUUCCCUCCAGGUCAUUAAAGAUACCAGUAUUUUCCUCCUUUGGUUGAAUUGGUUAAUAUUAAAGGCUUGUUGUUGUUGUGUAUAACCACAUCCCUUUAAGGUAAAGAAUACCUACAGUGAAAUCCUGUAUGUUACCACUUUGUCAAUGUAUGUUCAUAUGAAUAAGAUGUCUUAAUGGUGAUUUUUAUAUUGCAUAACGUUGCUAGUAAGCAUGAACUUCAUCUUGUUCUCCAAGAAUAAAGAGUAAUCAGAGAUGAAAUCAUAUUUUUUUUAUUAGAAGAGACAAGUUACAAGUGCAAAAAAACCAGUUUCCUUCCUGACUAAUAGGGCCAUUUUAUCUUGGAAAUUGUUUUAAUGCUCAUAAAGAGUUUAUUUACUAGGGGAAACUUGCAUUUUUGUGUCUGUGUCCUGUUACAUAUUGUAUCUUGGAACUAUAUGGUACAAACUUUGCAUUUGUCAGUUACAGCUGCAUAAAGAAAAAAAAAUUACACUGCAUAUAUGUUGAAUAUGAAUAUGCUCUAAGGAGUGUUCUCAGUCCUGAAGUUUAAUUUCAUUCUGGAGUAAUGGAGAUUUGUAACUAUGCUUUUACAAUUGUGAAAGGGUACAGUUGAUUAUAUAUGCACAUUGCAAUAUAAUGAAAACAGACUGUUAUCUGGAUGUAGUCCCCUGUAAGUGAGCAAUUCUGGAAGCUUAUGGACAGUGGGACUCUGCAGCAGUUGAGGUAUGCAGCAGGUGGGUUGUUUUUUUUUCUUUAAAAAAGGAAAACUAAGCAUGUAUUUGCAAAAAUUCAAGAGAACAUGGCUACUAUACACUGGAGGGGAACAUUGUGCACACCUUGGAGUAUAGUUUUGUUGUUUUGGUGAUGUAUUUGCUUUUUUCAUUGUUUCAUAAAAUUCUGAAAGGAAAACAAGACUUAAGCUACAUGAGACAUGCAGGGGCCAGACGUGUAUCUUCAGUUACUUGCACUCAUGUAGGAUAAAAGCUGACAUAUCCCCUUAGUCAUGGAUCUAAAACUACCAGGUUCUGAUAAGUGUGGAGGACUGUAUCCAGCACAGAUUGAUGGCAGUGAUAACUUUGGUUGUAUGCCGAAGAGGAUAUUUUAUACUGCGUGGGGUCUUGUGAUACUCCAGAAAAGUGUGCUGAAUGAUUAGCAAUAUUCCGUUUUGAUUCAAUUUAUUGCCACUUUUCUAACAGCAGGAAGCCAGUCCUCUAAAACCUCUCCAGCUGUUUAAAGAGGUUUUUAAAAGGUAAAGAACAUCCUUAUACCUCACAGUGCUUUAUACAUUCACAUUAUGUUAUACAUUAAUAUUAUAUGCUGUUGGGAAUAUGAAACGUUUAAAAAGUCAAGUUGCCUGUGUUUGGAGCUCAGGAUCAGGCAUCUGGGCUUUUUGAAUGUUUAAACAAAGGUGUUCUUGUAAGAGUUGGAUUUCAUGACAGUGUCUUUGAAUUAAAAAUAGUUAGCCAAUGGCACUUCUUGUUGUGGAAGAUGCAGGUUUUUUUGUGAGGUGCUGCGAGAAGGAUUAGAAGAUGCUAUGUGUGAUGACUCUUUGGAGUCUCUGCUCACAGCUCCUCGUCGUUUUCUUGAAUGUCACUAUUAAAUUUGGAUUAUUUAAAACAAAAAUAUUAAGCAUUUCCCAUUGUAAUAGAGCUAACUUUGUAUCUGAUGUACAGAUUACAAAAACAUGUAGUAAAUGGCAGUAGUUCACCUCUUCAUAGAUCUUUUGAAUCUCACAGUGAGCAAUACUAGUCUCCUAAGGUUUCUCAAACAAUGUAAUAUAUAUGUCAUUGCUCCUGUAUUUUCAUGAAUAAAAUAGGGAAUAUUAAUGUCAACUUGGGUUUGACUGAUCUCAUGUAUUGGGAGUAUCUAACUACAGAAUUCACUAAAUUGUGCUUAAGGCUUUAGAAGAGUUAAGUGCUGUGCAAUCACUAAUAUCUUCAACUGCAGUUUAAUAUUGAUAGGAAGAAUAUUGUAGCAAAACACUGGAGAUGCUCAACUUUGGAGAAUAUUUUUGUCUGGCUUUAGUAGUUAAAUGUUCUAAAGGCUAAAUUUCUCUUUAGCAAAAAGACCACUGCCUGUGCCAUAAGAGUGAGAGUCAGCGUGUUCUCCAGAAUCAGUUGCCUCUCCCCCCCCCCCCAAGCACCUCUUAAAUGAGUCAUAUGAGUAUAGGUGAUUAAUUAGGUGAUCUAAUUAGGUGAACACAACAAUAUUAAAUUUGGUGUUUCCAAAAAUGUCAGUAUCUACCUUUUGUGCAAUCUGAGUGAUCUGUCUGUCCCUGUCCUCUGUUACGAUUCACUUUCAAAAGUGGAACUUGCUCUUGCAAUCUCAGUUUUGAAAAAAUGUCCUUGGAAAAGCUGCUGCUGGCACAGUUCAGAAUGUUUUGAUUAAGUGUAGGGCUGUUAACUGUAAGGCUUGUAAACUAGAACUAUAUGUCAAAAAUGACUAAAGGUUUUUGAGAACCACUUUAAAUUUAAAAUAGGAUGCAUACCACUUUGAAAAUCAGCCUCUGAUAGAUCUGAAUAUGAAUGCUGAAGUCAUUCAAAAAAAAUCCAAUGUGUGGCUUUUUAAAGAGGGCAUAAAUACAGCCUUUGAAUCUCCUAUUCUCAAGGUAUGAGUCUUGGAAUACUCUGUGUAGGCUAGACCCAUGCUGGGCAACACUUGUUAUAUGGGCUGUCUUCACUGAAAUGUUAUACAGGAUUGUCUUUUUAUAUUAAAGUAUUGCAAAUUUAUACUAUGGGUAUUUGUACUGGAAUUCCAUAUAAACUUUGUAUUGAUGAA